CUACGAUGAGUAUGCCGCACUUCCGGCCAGGUCGCCGGAUAUCCGUCAAGUGACCCUUACAAGUCCUUCUUGAUCCUGAAGUGGAGUAGGUACCGUUGUUUCUGCUGGUGUUGAAUCCCUAGCAGCGUUCUGACAUGGGACUAGAGGACGAACGAAAGAUGCUUACCGGUUCCGGAGACCCCAAAGAGGAAGAGGAGGAGGAAGAAUUAGUGGACCCCCUGACAACAGUGAGAGAGCAGUGUGAGCAGCUGGAGAAGUGUGUAAAGGCCCGGGAGCGGCUAGAACUUUGUGAUCAGCGUGUGUCUUCCCGAUCACAGACAGAAGAGGACUGUACAGAGGAGCUCUUUGACUUCUUGCAUGCACGGGACCACUGUGUGGCCCACAAACUCUUCAGCAGCUUGAAGUAACUGUGCAGGUUCAUCACCUCAGCCUUGUCUCAGGGCAUCAGGAAAAGUUCCUUGUGGUUGUGAACCAUUUGUUUCUAAUGUGUAUCGUAAGUUCUUGAGAACAUCAUUGAUUAUGGCAAGUAGCUUCUCCUUGUAAUUAGCAGUGAUUCCAUCUUAAUAAACUGAUCUGCAGACUU